CGGUGCCAUCGCCACGUCGGUGCAGGCUGCCGGGCAAGAUGGCGGCCGCCGGCGGUCGGCGCGGCCCGGCGGGCUGCACCCUCUGCUUCCUGCUGCUGCUGCUGUGCGGAUGGACCCUGGCGGUGCGCGGCCAGGCCACCACCGAGUCUGUGGGAGCAGAGGUGCUCCAGGAGAAUAUUUCUUCUAGAAGUGAGAAUGAAACAGUGAGCAGAUCCCAGAAUGUGACAGACAGCUUGCAGGGUAUAACCCCAACCGGAAAAGAAGCAAGCCCAACAAAGAACAAGGAGCUCCCAACAACAGCUAGAAUCGUUUCGGUGACUUCAGUAAAACCAUCUACAGUGAAAGGGGGUUCUCCACCCCUGUCUCGUGCGGUGACUGCUAGCUCAGUAUCUCAGAUUGACGUUGAUGCUUCUGAAGAUACUAGAAUUGAGGAAGAAGAUCUUCUAACAGAUUUGAAAGACACACUAAAUAGUUCACCCCCCAUCAUAAAAGAAACUAUGGAGUCAGAUGGAGAUGAUUAUGAUCCUUAUGAAGUGACCUCGAAUUCCAGAUACAACCCAGACCUUUUAGAGAUUCCAGAAGAUGAUGACUCUGACACCAUUAGUAACUACAAUGAGGAAAUCAAGAGCCUUGAUGCGAAGAUAAAAGAUGUUUCUGUCACGGGGUUGGAAGAAGAAGAAGAAGAUGGGCAUUUCUUUUUUCAUCUGGUUGUAGUUGCCUUCCUAGUAGCUGUUGUUUAUGUCACCUAUCACAAUAAGAGGAAGAUCUUCUUACUGGUCCAGAGCCGAAGGUGGAGGGAUGGGUUGUGCUCUAGGACAGUGGAAUACCAUCGGCUAGAUCAGAAUGUUAAUGAAGCGAUGCCUUCCCUCAAGAUAACUAAUGACUAUGUCUUUUGAAAGCACUGUGAUUUGAGUUUGCUGAACUUACCACUCUUUGCCUGCCUAGUCAUGUAAUGAUAUUCAGGUAUUCUAAAUAUGCUGCUUGUACUGAAAUGAGAUGCACCCUCUUUGACCUGGAUGUUUUUGAGAUUAAAUCUCAUGGAAGAUCAAGGGCAUGAUACAUUUGUUUGCUACUUUGGUCAGGUUUUAUAUCAACUAUAAAGAUACAGACUUUAGUACUUAGUGCUCUUUCCAUUCACUAAGCAUCAUCCCUUCUGUCUGGAGCAGUCUUAAUAGUGGUAAUACAAAAAAAUAAGCAUAAAGUAUCUUAGGUCUAAUAAAUUAAUGACUUUGGCAUCACUAAAUCAAAUUAAUGGUCUCUCUGCUAAUCACUUAUAUGGCUCAUAAUUCCCCCUAUAUUGCAAACUUAAAAUAUAAUUACCUUUUUCUAUGCUUAAAUCCUGAUGCUGCAAAUCGUCUUGGUUUUUUUUUUCUGGUUUCUGUUUUCUUGUUGCAUAAUUUGAGCCUAUGUUAGGCAGAAUUACUGGCAUGGCAAUUUCAUAACUUCUGUAUGUGGUCAUGCAGUAAAUAAUUUCAUGGUACAUAACCCAUUUUAGUUCAGAAGUUACAUAUUUCCUUAAAAUACUCAAGACCUUUGUGAAGGUAUGCAGCUUCUUGACUGUCUAGUUCUUUCCUCUCAUGGUAUUUGUGGCUAUUUCAUUGUCUUUGUAACUAAUGAAUGGAAAAGAAGCCUUGUGGAAUGAUCUAACUAAAAUACAGUCGACAGGCUUUUGAUACAUCAGAGCUUCCUGUUGAAUUUUAAGACAGUUGGGGAACAGUUCCAUGGUUUGCUAUAUUAUAAAAGGGAGAGGCCUGAAAAAUGGAAGAGUAAUUGAUGUUGUUAUUCUGACCCAGGUAACAGGCAGGUGAAAGUGCUGGUGUAUGUGUGGGGCUGUGACAGCACACCGAUUUUGGACAGACAUUUAUGCAUUAGUGUCAAUCACGUUACUGGUACAGUAGUUUUGGGUUUGGCUUUUGUUUUUUUUACUUUGUCUUUUGUACUUCCAUUAUUUAUGUUUUCCUGAGUUGUAAAAUAUAAAAUCUUGGUUUUUUUCUGUACAUUCUGUUUGUCAUUGAGUUUUCAAACGGAGAAAUGUGUAAAUAAUGGUGGAGCAGGAGCCCAUAAUUAAGAACUUGGUAUUCAAGUCACCCUGUAACAUUAUGAGGAAAUCGCCUUUCCAGUGGUUGGCAUGAGGAUGCUGAAGGCAUGAUACUAUACAAAUGAAGUGCUAAAAGUUCUAAAUCCUACUGUUAAAUGCAUUCUUUCCGUAACCACAAGAAGUAAAGCACAAACAAAACAGCCCUCAACUCUUUUCUUGCAGUAAUUUUUAUCCUAUUUGGACUUGUAUCACUUAAUAUUUUGAAUAAGGUUUUUAAAAUAAAGGACAACAAUAAGUUUG